AGAUUGUGUAGCGAAUUCUUAAGUAAUAAAAAUACCCACUGUGAAAUGGUCAGUAUGUUAUCCUAGUCCCACACUGUGUUUGCUGGUGCUCAAAAUGACAAUGAAGGAGGAAUUCCUUGCAGAGUGGGCAAAAAAGUUUCCCGGAGAAGAACCACCAGCGAACGUGGCGUUUAAAAAUGUAGAGGAUAUUGAGACAAGUUUGACCAAUUGCCAAACUCUUAUUAAAGAUCUGGAAGAAAAACUUAGCCGGGAAAAAUUCCAUCUUAUUUAUUUACAGACGUGUUUAGCUGCGAAGAGGCAAAGUUACAAAAGAGAGAAUUGGGGAUACAGAGCAAGCAGUUCCUCUAUAGACUCAGCACCAACUUCCCCAAAUCCAGUUUUAGAAAAGCCAAUUUCAGAUAACAACAGUGUGGAUAUAAACGCUAACGAGACGAAGUCUGUAGAAACAACUAAAGUCGCUCCUGCUGUCGGACCAAAGUUUACAAAACUUAAAAAAGAAGAAGAGGAAAAGAAAUCAAAUCGACUAUCAAAGGUCCUUGAGAACGUGAAAAUAUUUGAAGCUAGAGCAACGGAGCCAAAAGAGCCGCUACCGGACAUGGCUUCCUCCACCUUCCCACCUCGAGCCAGUCUAAGGAAGCGAACGUCUUAUUUAGAGGUUUGGGAAUGCAAAACUGGCCCAGAUAAAGAAGGCAGUGAAACCAAUGACACUCCAAAAACACAGUUUGCUGUCAAACAGGAAAAUCCAUCGGAAGAAAACCUAAAUGAUGCUGUUGCCAUGGUGACAGGACCAAAACAGAAGGCUUCAAGAGGAAGAGGGGAUUAUGUGGAAGUGUGGACGUGUAAUACCGGCAAUCAAAGUAAUGUUGGAAUGUAUGACAGUGAUAAUCAAUUUGAUUCAAUGACUGCCCUGAAUGAAGAAGCAAAUGGAAAGGAUUAUGAUAUCUCCGAUAUUGAUAUGAAAGAUGGGUAUGGGAAACGACAUUACACUCUCGCAAGUACUGAUGUUAAAUUAAGAAAGAGUUCGAUAGAAAACCAAGCAGUUCGGAAUAGCCGGCUUACAUGGCCAGCAGCUGGACCUAACUAUGACGAGCAGGAGGAGCUGGAUGGUGAUCCAGGAAAACAGGGAAGCAUGGAUCGUUACUCUCCGGAACUAAGUGAUCUUGAUCAUUCCUCCGACUCCCAACACAGUGGGAGCAGUCGACGGGAUAGUUUUGAAUCUGUGUCAGAAACAUCCACACAUUCCAAUCAAAACAAGUUGAACAUUCCAGAAGUUUCCCCUCUGCAUCAGUUGCGAGAUGCACGGACGACCAACGAGAGAAUGAGUGUCGCUUACUCAGCGUUUUCUAAUUGGUCGGAUGAUGAUCGUACCACACCUGAUCGGUCGUCCAUGCUUUCUGUUCAAUCCAUGGAACUUCAAUCAUCUGAUGAUGAUCUUGCUGGUUCUGAUGAUAUGUCAUUAUCCACAAGCAACAAUAUUGCUGGGAGUCUACACGCCAUCAACCAAGCAAGGCGUGAACAAUCAGACAGCCCAACCCCAAUCUUUGUGUUUUCAAAACCCAAAGGAACAGAGACAGAGGGGCAAUCUGAAGACAUUGGUCGCACGCCAUCAAUGUCCAUGCCCCAGAAAUCCACAAGUGUCAGCACAGACACAGUGCUACAUGGUUCUCCAUCUAAAAAUGAAGCUGUGUCGGACAUGGUGGAUUACCAGAAGGUGAGAAGCAUCGCUGAGGCCGAGAAACUUCGCAUGAGGAAGUGGGUUCUCACAUCCUUGCUUGAUAACGAGGAAGCUUAUCUUCAAUACCUUAAUACAUUGUUACUGUACAUGAAGCCAUUAAAAGCUACAAUUGGAACAUCUCAGCCUGUGAUGUCAGCACAAGACUUUGACACGGUUUUCUUCCGUGUGAACGAAUUACAUGAACUUCACGCAAAUUUCUUUCAAAAAUUGAAACCCAGAUUAGAUGUAUGGAGUGCUGAUACUGCAGUGGGUGAUCUGUUCAAAAAGCUGCUAUCUAAACUGAACUUAUAUGGUGACUACCUGAACAAUUAUAAAAGAGCGCAACACACAGUGGAAAAAUGUGCCAAAGAAAAUGAGCAAUUUCGUCACAUUAUUGAGAGCUUAAAGGUUCAAUCCAGGAGAAGCAAAGAUUCAGAGUCCAUCAGUUUAAUCGAGGUAUUAUACAAACCUGUGGAGAGGUUUAUGAGAACAACGUUGGUUCUUCAAGAUUUAUUGAAGCACACACCACACAGACAUCCAGAUUAUCAUACACUGAGACAGGUGUUGAAACAAGCCCAGCAGUUCCUUGAGAGGAUUAACUCUGCAUCUUCCUCCUCCUACAAGCCUCGUCGAGUCCCUUCCUCCGCUGCCGCUGCUGCGCGGAGUGCAGAUAGAGAACUCAUUAAAGAUGGAUUUCUUGUAGAGGUUUCAAAUGAUGGUAGUAGAAAGUUAAGACAUUGUUUCCUUUACAACGAUCUCCUUUUAUGUGCAAAACAAAAGAGCGCAGCGGGGGUGUUCCACUCAAAAGAUUCAUAUGAAUGCAAAUGGUACAUUCCGUUAGCUGAUCUAUCUUUUCAACCGAAAGAAGAUUCUGAAGCCAUACCCGAUGUACAACCCACGAGUGAGGAUGAUCUUCGUGAUUUAAGCAACCGUGCGCAACAAACUAAGCGUGACAUCGCUCGCGAGCGUAAAGCACACAGUAAGGAUGCAAAGGAACACUCGAGGUCCUCAGAGAGCUCUCCGGCAAAAACUCGGCGGGAAGAACGGCUCCGAAAGAAGCUGGCAGAGCUGGAAGCGAGGAUCGUCCUCGCAGCUCCUGAUCUUCCUCUACGAAUAUAUCACAUGCAGGGGAAGGAAAGAAGUAAGUCUUACAUGUUCCUCAUGUCUUCCGAUUAUGAGAGGAUUGAAUGGACCGAGGCAAUCAUGAAACAACAGGAAACCUGCUUUAAAAGUUUUUCACUGGCAUCACUGGAAGUAAAUGCACUGCUUUCUGCUUGUGUUCGACUUCGAAAGAUGAACAAUGUCGGUUCCAUGCAUAUAAAGGAAGACGAAGAUUUAUUAUCGGGAUAUUUAAACGCAACUAUUCAUUCUGGACAAGGAUUCCUUCAUGCAUGCAAUCCAUACUGCACGUUAGAAGUUGAUUCUUACGGACAGUUUCAAACAAAAGCGAAGACACGACCGUGUAGAGACACCAAGCUUCCUGUUUGGGAUGAGGAGUUUGAAUUAGAGGUUGACGGUGCACAAACUCUUCGCAUUCUCUGUUACGAUCGGGCACGAGAGGCGGUGGCAGGAGCUUCAUAUGAUGAUGAUGUUCUCAUUGCAAAGGGGAAAGUUGGGUUGGUACGAGAGUCGUUACGCACGCAUGGUGAGAAGGAAGUUAGUGUGUUGAUGAAUGAAUUAUCCAUCAGUGUCUCAAUCAAGUUCACACCGAGGGAACACAGCCUUCAAAGACUUCCUUCAAAGAAAUCAAACGGGGUGUUUGGGGUCAAGAUUGGAGUUACAGCUAAACGAGAAAGUUCUGGCAUCCCAAGCAUUGUAAGGAAAUGUGUGGCUGAGGUUGAAAGAAGGGGAAUGGGAGAAGUUGGAAUAUACAGAGUGUCAGGUGUGGCAUCAGAGAUACAAGCACUCAAGGCUUCAUUUGAUACAAAUCGUAGAGAUGUGACCAUGUUACUAGGAGAGGUUGAUAUUAAUGCAGUUGCUGGCGUGCUUAAACUUUACUUUCGUGAGUUACCUGAACCUCUGUUCACUGAUUCAAGAUACAGUGACUUUGUCAGUUCAUCGUCUCUCACGGAUCCCGAUGUGAAACUACGAACAAUGAAGCAACUCAUCAAUGAUCUUCCUCCUCCUAACUAUAGAACUUUACAUUUCAUCAGAGAACAUCUGAUCAAAGUUUCACAGAACGAUUCAAAUAACAAGAUGAACCUCCAUAAUCUUGCAACUGUGUUUGGACCAACUUUACUGAGACCAGCUGAAGACAAAACUCCCCAAAUAACUUCAUCUGCGCUUGCUCUUAAUGCACUCAGGAUGGAUGUUCAUUAUCAGAUGGAUGUUUUGUUGAAUUGUCUUGAACUCGAAGAAAUGGUUGAUUAUGAUACCAUGCUGAAACAAAAGAAAGAAGAUAAAGAUAAACAUCUCUCCAAGAGCCAGGAAGACUUAACUGAUGGAAAAUCAAUCAAGAAAUCCAAACCUCCGAUGACACGAUCCUCCACAGAAGGAAGUUUUGGAUCAGAUAAAGAGGAAAAAACAUCUUCAAUCAAACAACAGAGAUCUGGGAACGUUCAUUCUGGAUCAGUAGUUCCCCCACCUACACCAAUACCUAAAGAACAAAGAUAUCAUCCAUAUGAAGAAAUCUACAUUCCCUCUUCCACUGCCAAGCCACAAAUAAAACCUAUAGUCAGUCGGAAACCAAGUUCAGACAUGCAAGGUAAACCGAAGCCUGUCCCUGCCCCACGAAAGCCUGUGAAAGUGCCCAAGCAAUCUGUAGUGACUGAUCUGUAGCAAGUAGUGGCACUCAGCAAUGGUUGACUGUUCCCAAUCGGUUUCCUUUUUUGGUGCAAUAACUUCUUAAUAGUUAGGUUACCAUAUAUGAGCGGAAUAAUCAUAUAAUUGAAUCUGAGCUAUCUGUAAGGGAGAACUGAGACUUGAGUGUAAGCCAUGGUACUGCGCAGACCGGUACUACAUACAACGGUACUGCCUUCAUUCUAAUCUAUAUUGAUCAAGAUCAUGUAUUACCAACAAAUGAGAAUAAUUUGAUAAUGCAGUUAAACCCGGCUUUUGUAUUUAUUCUUAUUAAUUUUUUAUCUCUUUUUACAUGUUGGACAUUGUGCAACCAGUGAGGUCACCUCGCUGAAGUGUUUUUAACAGACUUAAUGUCUCUUAAUCGCCGAAUAACUUUUGUAAUUGUGCCUGGUUUAUGUUCGUGGUGUGUGCAUGUGCUUAGUUAGGAGACCCGAAAGUUCCAAAAACUUUAGCCUGACCAAGCUGGUGUCCUAGCUCAGCUUCUAUCAAAACACAACACCCAUUCCGCACCACCAAAUGAACAAUAGACAAAUUGUACAAAUGUUCGGUACACGCACAUCUUCGCAUUAAAACUUUAACGUCGUUUUUAUGAUCAUACUCCCCCCUUGUGUUAGUAACCUGCUGUUAUAAUUAUUAUGCUGUAAUAAAACACCACGCAAUCACAA